AUGGCGCGCCAUGGCCAUAUCCGGCACCUUCAGUCUGGCAAGACAAAAAAGAAGCACUCUCAUGGGCACGGUGACGAGGACAAACUGGGAGGAAUUGACGGAGAUAGCCCUAUCUUUGGUAGCCCGCAUGGCGUCGCAUUGAUUAAACUCCCCGCAGAGGAGCCCCAACUGCCUUUGUGGGAGCGACAAGCCGAUGUCUCGUCACAGGAUGUUCUGACCGUCAGCGUACCGACCACCGUCGACACCGCAACGCUCACUGAGUCCACUCCCUAUCUGUCUGUCUCUGCUUCUUUAUCCGUUUCUCUUGCGAUAACAGUAGAGUCCGAUACGGCGACAGCCCCAACAACUGCAUAUACCUCCAAUACUUCUUCAAUCACUACUUCAACAACACCCUACACCUCGCCCUGGAGCGAGACCCCCACUACAACGCGGACGAGUGCCGUCCCAGCGGCGUAUACCAAUCCUGGAAGCUCCUCGCUUGCUUCAUCCAAGGCGACUAUCUCUACAACCAGUGUUCCCACGACCUUUGCUGCCGGUUCAGGGGCUUCAACGACCAUCCCUAGUAUCUCUACCUCCAGUACAUAUUCUGAAUCGACCACCACGAGUGCAAAUACAACCUUCCCCGCGUUCACUGACACCGCUUCCUCCACCACACAGUCUAUUUGGUACUUCCAGUCAUCGGAGACUUCAACAGGUACCAGCUGGACCAGCAGUACCGGAUGGGGUGCAACGGCAACAGUUUCGACACAAAGCGCGACAUCUGCGACAAAUUCUGUGCAGUCAUCUGUCAACGGCACAGACACCUCGGGUUCUUCUUCUUCAUCUUCUUCUUCAACUGACACCGAGAGCACUGCCAAGAUAGUUGGUGGAGUUGUUGGCGGCGUUGCUGGCAUUGUUUUGUUACUCAUUGCAGCUUUAUUCCUGGUUCAUCGCCGCAAAAGCUUUUUGCGGACUAUCCAAGCCGCCGGUUCCCUCUCCUCUGAGCACGGUACUGCAGGGUCUGUCACUGGACAAGGGUCAAUCCCCCGAUCUGCAGAGAUGACUUCACGGCGUUCAAGCAAUGACCCGCUGUUCGCAGCAGCGCUUUCGCCUUCAUUCAUGAAACGGUGGCGGCAAUCAAACCAGACUACUUUGACUGGGAGCACAUUAGGCUCGGAAACCAGUGAACGGGGCUUCCAAAAGAUCUCCGGCCGCAAGCUUCCGUCCGUCUUUCAGCCAGGCAGUGAUGGAUACGGUGGUGGAAUGGAAGUCGACUCGCCGACGGGAACCGAGCCCAGCAUUGUUGUACCGCUGUCUCCGUCCCAGUCCCGAACCGGUCCCUAUGCUACUGCUCCGACGACCAACCCGCGUGGUGUUCCCCUGGACGCCAGCUACACUCGCGAGAGUCAGGAGUCUGACGAUGCUAUCAUUGUCAUUCGCCCAUCCCCGGCUCGUACCCCCGUCGCCAGCUCGGUCAAUGUCGCCUCGCCAGAUGUAGCAGUCCCUGCACGAGCCUUCCCUCAGCCGCAGAGUGCCUUGAUUCCCCCUGUUCCCCCGAUGCCACGGCGCCCCGACGGCUUGGGCCGCAGUCAUCCGAGCCUCGAUGGCAGUCGAGGCAGUCGCUUCACGGAGAGUUUGGAUAUUUGA